UUCGAUUCCUCACAAAAGAUGAUGGCUCGCGGGCACAAGCUUCUGGACGUCUCGACGCCAUGCUACAUUCCCGCGACCAUUGCUGGCAACAUGCCGCAUCUGACGAAAGACAACUGUGAAAAGCUGUCUGAUCUGAAACUCGUGGGGGUCAACUACGCCGACCUGUUCUCGUCGCUGGCGGCUCUGGAGAAGACCGGGACGACGUUUGCUGAGUUUUUGCACUUGCCGAACGACAGUCAAGUCGUGUUUUCCGUCACAGACGUCUUAGCGAAUCCCAUUGCGCGCAACACGGCGACCCAUCGCAGCUUGGAAUCCACGAACGGCCGCAAGAAGAUCACGCCUCGCGAGUACAUGGCGGCAGUCAACACGUACAAGCCGUCCAGCUUCGUCGCACUAGCCGACGAAGUGGACGGAACGUUUGGCGCCAAGCGUCAGCAGAAUGCCAUGGAGAACUCCAUUGUGUGGCUCGACGAGUGCUUGUCGUUGCGGGAUCCGUCAUCGUCGCCCAGUCGCAUCUUUGGCGUUCUCUGCGGCGGCGACAUCCCUCGGCUCCGCGAAACCAGCGCCGUGGAAACAUGCAAGCGGACCAUCGACGGUGUCGUCAUUUCCGGAUUGGGCGGCGGCGAAACGCUCGAGUUUCGGCAUCAAGUGCUCGAGUUGUAUGCGAAAGUGGUGCCAACGGCACUGCCCCGCCUCCUCCUCAACGUCGGCAACCCGCUCGAGGUGCUAGCGGCCGUCGCGUCCGGCGUCGAUGCCUUCAUGUCGUCGUACCCGUACAUCGUGUCCAAGUUUGCGUACGCGCUCGUGUUUUGGAUUGGCUCGCCGUCAACAUCGAACGAGCCAGGGUCGUCGGACGAGAGCGCAACCAAGAUCAACCUCCGGGACAAGAAGUACGACCGCGACAUGCGGCCGUUGUUGCCAGGCUGCCCAUGCUUUGCAUGCACACACCACACCCGCGCGUAUAUCAACCACUUGCUCAAUGUGCACGAAAUGCUGGCCAAUAUUCUCUUGUACAUGCACAACUUGCAUCACUACUUUGCGUUCUUCAAAGCCAUGCGUCGUCAUAUUGGCAACGGAACGUUCCCAGCGUUCCACGACGAGUUUGCGGCCAAGUAUAAUUAACAAAAUCGUCAUACGCUUGGGUCA